AUGCUCUCCUCCACCCGAUCUUUCUGCGUUUGUAUCUUCUUCUUCUCCGCGUUCCUCGUAUCGUCUGCUCUCGGCAAGUAUUGUCUUUCACUUUCUGAAAGGAUGCGAUUUGUCUUGGUUUCUUUUGAUUAUCAAGCGAAUGAUCCCGUCACUCUGUGGGUGAACAAGGUUGGUCCAUAUAAUAAUCCCCAGGAAACUUACAACUAUUACAGCCUUCCGUUUUGCCACCCACCUGGCAACCCUGCUCACAAAUGGGGUGGGCUUGGUGAGGUUCUCGGAGGGAAUGAGCUCAUCGAUAGCCAGAUCGCGAUAAAAUUUAAGAGAGAUGUGGAGAAGACUUCGAUUUGUGAAAUCGAACUUGAUGCAGCAAAAGCUACGCAGUUUAAGGAUGCAAUUGAUAAUUCAUACUGGUUUGAAUUUUUUAUGGAUGACCUGCCUUUGUGGGGUUUCGUUGGUGAGGUUCUGCCUGAUAGAAACCGUGAUAAUAAGCAUGUGCUAUGGACACACAAGAAUCUUGUCAUCAACUACAAUGGGAACCAGAUUAUUCAUGUCAAUCUCACUCAAGAUAAUCCUAAGCCACUUGAAGAGGGGCGAGUACUAGAUAUGACUUACUCCGUCAAAUGGGUUCCAACUAAUGUUACAUUUGCGCGCCGGUUUGAUGUUUACCUGGAUUACCCAUUUUUUGAGCACCAGAUCCACUGGUUUUCUGUCUUUAAUUCUUUCAUGAUGGUAAUUUUCCUAACUGGGUUGGUGUCAAUGAUAUUAAUGCGGACACUUCGCAAUGACUACGCAAAAUAUGCUAGGGAAGAUGAUGAUCUUGAGACUCUGGAACGGGAUGUAAGUGAGGAAUCUGGUUGGAAACUUGUACAUGGAGAUGUGUUUAGGCCUCCCCAAAAUCUGGCUCUGCUAUCAGCUGUUGUCGGUACUGGUGCUCAGCUGGCCACACUUGUUCUGCUCGUCAUCAUUUUAGCAAUUGUUGGAAUGCUUUACAUUGGGAGAGGAGCAAUUGUCACCACCUUCAUAAUCUGCUAUGCUUUUACCUCAUUUAUUGCCGGUUAUGUAAGCGGUGGCAUGUAUUCCCGCAAUGGUGGUAAGAAAUGGAUCAAGUCGAUGAUCCUCACAGCAUCACUUUUCCCAUUCCUGUGCUUUGGCAUCGGCUUCAUCCUUAACACGGUUGCAAUAUUCUACGGUUCCCUGGCUGCCAUCCCCUUUGGUACCAUGGUAGUUGUUUUUGUCAUAUGGGCCUUUAUUUCCUUCCCCUUAGCUCUUCUUGGCACUGUUGUCGGAAGAAACUGGAGUGGCGCCCCAAACAAUCCUUGCCGAGUAAAGACUAUCCCUCGUCCCAUUCCCGAGAAGAAAUGGUACCUAACACCAUCCAUUAUAUCUCUCAUGGGGGGUUUGCUUCCUUUUGGAAGCAUUUUUAUCGAGAUGUAUUUUGUCUUCACCUCUUUCUGGAAUUACAAGGUUUACUAUGUGUACGGCUUCAUGCUUCUCGUGUUUGUAAUCCUGAUAAUCGUCACUGUUUGCGUUACAAUUGUGGGGACUUACUUCCUGCUGAAUGCUGAGAAUUACCACUGGCAAUGGACUUCGUUCUUCUCCGCGGCCUCGACUGCUCUCUAUGUAUACUUCUAUUCGAUAUAUUACUACCACGUGAAGACCAAGAUGUCGGGCUUCUUCCAGACGAGCUUCUAUUUCGGAUACACUCUGAUGUUCUGUCUUGGUCUUGGAAUACUAUGUGGCGCGGUUGGAUUUUUGGGCUCCAACUUGUUUGUCAGGAGAAUUUACAGGAACAUAAAGUGUGACUAAAAUUCUAUGAUAUAUUAUAUACAGAAGAGUAAUUUGGUUCGAUUGUUGCAGCGUGUAAGUUAAUGUCGAUGGGGGAGACGAGGAAAGAGAGUUGGAGAAAAGUUGAAUCUUUUUGUAGCGUUGGAUUAAUUGAUGUUACAGCUUUUGGCUUUAGAGACUUGGGAUAUUGUUGAUUAGAAAAGAACUCUGUUUCACACUCCCAUUUACAUCAAUAUUUGUAGUUGUAAAUCGCAUGCCUUGUAGGGGCAUUUGUUACUUGAUGAAUUGGUUUUCAUGAACUUUGACUUUGGUUGUUACAGAUGGUUUUUAAUCCGACUGAGUGCGAGCAAAAGAAAUAAUACUUUUCGGCAUUUGCUUGAAAUGCGAUAUUUGCCACAAUGCUUAUCAGAUGAAAUACAAACUAGCUCGAUUAUCUUGUAAUUAUUGAUCGAUAUGUGGUUUGAUUAGAUAGGUUCGUGUAAUUUGAAGAAGGAAGAAUGACUGGAGUGUUUCUUCAAGUUCUGCAGGCUUCCGCCUGCAACUCUUGUUCAGAUUCAAUUAGGUAUAUGAUCACAUAUUCAACACACACUGGGUGUGUAGAAUGGCUUAUUAUAUGUGAAUGUACAUUAGUAUAACAAUGUAUUAUGUGCAAUGAUUAAAAUAUUUUCAUGUGAAAAAUAAAAAAAACUCAUAAUUACGUAAAUGGC